CUAUCCCCUUUCUCCGUCGCAGAAUAGCAGGCGUCCGACUCCGACGCGCUGCGCCGCCUUCUAAGUCGCGUGUACCUCUUCUCCGGCAUCUCACGGCUGUCGAUCCUCUUCUUUACGGCGGCCAUGGCGCUCGUUGCCCUUCCUGUUCUCAGCCCACCGAGAUUGAGUGCGGACCCUUGCAUUUCCCCAUUUCUCAAGUCCUCCUUCCUCCCGGCCACCAUCAUUCCCUCCUCCUCCACUUCCUUCUCAUACCGCACCACCACCACCACCACCACAGGACGGAAAUUUCCUCGUCCUUUAACCGUCACCGCUUCCUCCUCCAAGAUCGUCCGCUUCCCCCCGCUCGACCGCAACGCAUCCAAGCACAGCCGCCUCCGCUUCGCCCGCAAGCUCAAGACCCUACUCCUCUCCAAACCCCGCCACUUCCUCCCCCUCCGCAUCCUCUCCCGCUGCCGCCCCUACCUCGGCCUUCCCCCCUCCCGCUCCCUCCUCUCUAUGGUCCUCCGCUACCCAGCCCUCUUCCGCAUCCUCCGCUCCCCCUCCGACCUCCUUUCCGUUGCCCUCACCCCUGCCGCCGAGGAUCUCGCCGCUCGCGAGUCCCUUGCUCGCUCCCACCUGACCUCUGCCCUCGCCUCAAAACUCCAACGCCUACUCAUGCUCUCCCCUCGCCGAUCCCUCCUCCUCUCCAAGCUCGUCCACCUCGCCCCUGACCUUGGCCUCCCCCCGAACUUCCGUUCGCAUCUCUGCAAUUCCCACCCCGACCGUUUCCGCACCGUCGACACAUCGUACGGCCGCGCACUCCAGCUCGUCGCCUGGGACGACGCCCUCGCCGUCCCUUUUCCUUCCUUCCGCCCGCCUCUGUCCUGCGAAGACCGCCGCCCCAUCAUCGAUCGCCCUUCGCGCUUUAAGCACCUCCCCCUUCGCCGCGGCCUCAAUCUCAAGCGCCGUCACCGUGAUUACCUAAUUCGCCUGCGCGAGAUGCCCGACGUCUCCCCCUAUGCGGUUACGGCCGAUCGAGGAGAAGAACAGAGCCGUUGGUUGUCGCCUGAAGAGGCUGAGAAGAGGGCGUGCGCGGUGGUGCGAGAGGUGCUGGGAAUGACGGUGGAGAAGCGCACCUUGGUGGACCACUUGACGCACCUGAGGAAGGACUUCGGGCUGCCCAACCGGCUGAGGGCGUUGCUGGUCCGCCACCCUGAGUUGUUCUACGUGAGUGUGAAGGGGGUGCGCCACUCGGUGUUCUUGAUGGAGGCUUAUGACGACAAGGGGAAGCUGUUAGUGGAGGACGAGCUGCUGGAGGAGAAGAGGAGGUUGAUGGAGUUGGUUAGGGAGGGGAAGAAGAUGAGGAGGGAGAGGAGAAAAGAUGUUGGAUACAGUGACCAUGCGGACUCUGUGGAAGAGGAAGAGGACGACGAGGAGGAGGAAGAAGGCAAUGAGGAUGAUGAUUUUGCCAACCUGUUUGAGUCUGGGAUUGGGGAAGACUGGGAGGAGAUUAGGAAUUGGACUAGUGAUGGGAUUACGGAAAUUGAAGUCGAAGAAUUUUGGGUAAAGAAAGCUGCCUCCACUGGUGUUGUUGAAGGUGUUGGAGAGUUGGAAGCCUGGUGAACCAUAGCUCCAUGGAUAUUAAACGUAUCGGAGACUAUUAAGAGAGAGAUCAGUCAGUUCUCAGCGAUACAAAAUUGAAUCUAACAAUUACUCCUGCAGGUUUUGCUGCAUUUGCAACAGUAAGAAACUAUAUACUGAAACUGGGGGCAACAAACUGUACACCUCAGAAGUUCGCUUGAUUAGUUUUUGAAGUGCAUGCUAUCUCAUUCCAUUUCAAAAUCCUUGAAGAGAUUUUUAGAACUCAGAUUAUGGAAAAUCUUAUGGCAAACUGAGAUCUCUUACCUUAGAAGCUAAUGAUAUCAGACUGGCAGCGUUAUUGAUGGACCUGAGAUAUAUGAUAUAUACAAGCUGAUUACCUUCUCUGCCUAUAUAAGGCAAAUGCUACUUGAAUUUAAGAAUGAAGGCAAAGGACCCUGACAGGCACUAAUAGCAAUAUUGUGAAUCAUUCUACUCUGCAGUUCUUGUUUGCCGCUGCAUCAGCAUCAAAAUGUGCACUCAUCAAUUGCUGUUUUCGAUAGUAAACGUGAGCAAAUAUCUCCAAGAUGCAAGUUGCAAAUUAAUUUCAGUUUGUAAAGUGAUUCUGACCUAUUUUGUAGAAGAUCUCUCAGUGUUCACUCGAAGAGAUCUUGCAAUUUUUCACAACAGAACCGCAAUGAACAAUACAAGCAUGACCCUCAUCAACAUUGCUAUUGUUGUAUAUUCAUUUCAGUUAGGCAUUAUGACUGAAUACAUUAUGGCUUCUCAGACAUCAGUUAGGAAAGUAAGCAUCCAUUCCAUGUAGCUUUAACC